AAGGCGAUGACCAGAAAGCGCAGACGCUGGCAGUCUCCUAGCAACCAGGUCGCUUGGGAAUGGAAUGAGCGCUCUGGCUGGCAGAGACCAGGACUAAAGCAAGUGAGGCAGCUGCAGCGGAGUUUUUAGAGCCCUUUGUCAGGUCUGGAAAGAUGGCUCAUGCCCGGAUCUCCAUGUACAUGCCUCCUGACAUUGACCCCACAAAGGCUGCCAUUGCUUAUGGCUGUCGAGCCUUGCCCAAGCUUAAUGAGGAGCUGCGAUCAGAGACUCUCCUGACAAGGCAGAAAGCCCUAGUAGCUCUGUGUGACCUCAUGCACGAUCCUGAGUAUGUCUACGAGGCCAUCAACAUAGGCUGCCUGGAGAGCCUGAAGGCCCUACUGACGGAUGAUGAUAAUCUGGUUCGGAUAAAGACCACCGAGGUGCUGUACAUCAUGGCCACCCAUAAUGUAGGCAGAACUGGCUUCUUAGAACAUAAUGUCAUCCUAUCCCUGUCACUCCUGCUGAAUGAUCACCAGACAGUCUGCCGGGAGAAUCUACACCAGGCAUACAAGCAUCUGGCUCAGCUGCCUGAAGGGGCCCGGGGCAUCGUCAAUAGUGGCCUGAUCCCCUCGCUGGUAUGGAAGCUGCAGUCAGAGGAGGAACACAUUCAGGAGAUCAUCUUGGACACUCUGGCACCAUGCCUGCAGGAGGAUGCCACCGAGGCUCUUGACAGCCAGGCUGUGCCCCGUUUAAAAGAGAAGCUCCAGAAUGAGAACCCCCAAAUCCGCAGUAAGGCUGCUCGGGCACUCAUUGCCAUCAGCAUCCCUUUGGAGGGCAAGAACCAGGUAUGGCAGAAUGAUGUCAUUCCUAUCCUGGUGGAACUUUUGUCAGACUCCGAGGAGGAGGUGCAGGCUAAUGCAGCGGGGGCCCUAAUGCAUGCGGCAGUGACCACUGAAGGGAAAUACGCAGCCCUGGAUGCAGAUGCCAUCAACCCACUCCUGGAAUUGCUGUGUUCCACACCUACCACCAAGGUGUGCCUGAACGCCACCAAAGCCCUCACCAUGCUGGCCGAGGCCCCUGAGGGCCGCAAGUUACUGCAGCCCCAUAUACCUACCUUUCGUCUCCUCCAGAUGCAUAAAAGUGAGGCCAUACAACGAGCAGCCAAAGUAGCCAUUAAAGUGAUUGAGUGGAAGCCAUGACUUCCUUUUGGAGCCAGACCGGAAAG